GGCUAGGCUGCAAAAUGUCUGCCUAUAUAAAAACUAUUUCACUGCAGGAGGCAGUUCAUUUUAUUUACUAUAGUUGUACACUACACAUGUUCUGUAACAUUUUUAGGAGCAAUGAUACCUCUAACAGUCAUUGCUCUGUUCACAUUUGCUGUUAUAUCUCUCACAUCAGGUGAAGUGCAUAAGGGGUACAGCAAAACAUCAAUACAUAACAAGCAUGGUGGGAAGUUCACCUACAAGAUACUCCACGUCUACCACCCGAAGAAGCAUCACAAGCACAGUGAAGCAGACCAGAAGGACUCUCCCAAAGACAAGACCAACUCAGAGGACAGUGCACGCUUCUCUCCCGACAAAACCAGCAAUGCGAACAACCUCAACACGUUCGAAGGAGGACUUCAAGGAUCUUCAGGAUCUGACACUUCUGCAGGACCCAAUGCGCUUGCAGGAUUCAGUGGUCUCUCAGAGCUCAACGGUUUCGAAGGCUCCUCAGGUUUUGGGAAUAAUUUUGGUGGGUUGAAUACUCUCAGUGUUAUAAACUCGCUUGGUUCUCCAAAUAGUCUAAAUGGUGCAAAUAGUUUCAAUGGUGCUAAGGGAUCUAGCACCAAAAGUGGAUCACACAGAUUUAGCGGUUCCAAAGGUAGCAGUAGUUUCAGUGGAACAAGAGGAGGUUCAAACAUCUACAGCCCACCCAAAGGUUUCAGUGGCUUUAGUGGACCAAAAGGUGCUACCAAUUCGUAUAAUGGACAGAACCCCAGCCCUUACAGUGGAUCAAACAGCUUUAAUGAACUAAAAGAAGGUACCAACUCAUAUAGUGGACCCAGUAGUGGAAGUUAUGGACCAAAUGGUUUCAAUGGACAAAAAGAUGGUGCUAACUCAUUAAGUGGGCCAAAUAGUUUUAGUGGAUCAAGCAGUGGUGCCAAUAGUUUUGGAGGGCCUAACAGUGGUGCAAAUCCUUUCAGUGGUACCAAUAUAUUUGGAGGCUCAAGCAGUGGUGCAAAUAGCUUUGGAGGCUCAAAUAGUGGUCCUAAUGGUUUUGGAGGUUCAAGUAGUGGUGCCAACAGCUUUGGAGGUUCCAGCAGUGUUACCAAUCCCUUCAGUGGAAGUAAUGGUUUUGGAGGUUCAAACAAUGGUGCCAACAGCUUUGGAGGUUCAAACAGUGGUGCCAACAGCUUUGGAGGUUCCACCAGCGGUGCCAAUAGUUUUGGAGGAUCCAGCAGUGGUGUCAAUGGCUUUGGAGGAUCUAGCAGUGUUACCAAUCCCUUUAGUGGUAGUAAUGGUUUUAGUGGAUCAAACAAAGGAGAAAAUGGUUUCAGUGGCCCAAACAAAGGAGAACAUAUUCUUGGUGGACAAAGUAAAGGGGAAAAUAGCUUUGGAGGACCAAACAGUGGUUCAAACCCUUUUGGUGGACCAAAUGGCUUCAGUGGUACAAAUAGUUUCAGUGGACCAAAUAAAGGAGAGAACUCUUUCGGUGGACCAAACAAAGGGGAAAACUCUUUUGGUGGAACAAAUAGAGGAGAAAACUUGUUCGGUGGACCAAACAAAGGGGAAAACUCUUUUGGUGGACCAAACAAGGGAGAAAACGUUUUUGGUGGACCAAACAAGGGAGAAAAUAGUUUUGGUGGGUCAAGCAGUGGUUCAAACCCUUUUGGUGGUCCAAGCGGUUUCAGUGGUAUCAACGGUUUUAGUGGACCAAACAAGGGGGAAAACAGUUUUGGUGGACCGAACAGUGGUACCAACACUUUCAGUGGACCAAACAAGGGAGAGAAUAGCUUUGGUGGUACAAAUUCUUUUAGUGGACCAAAUGGUUUCAAUGGACCCAAAGAACCAAACAGUCCUCCAAACACUGGACAAUACAUUGAUCCCAGCACCUUUUUGGAAUCUUUCAUCAAAAACAACAGAGAACUCUACACGUCGAACUACAAAGAGCCAUACACUGCCAACUAUAAGGAGCCUGAUACAUCAAACUAUAAAACACAGGGAGCAACUGGGUUCCAAGAACCCUACACUUCAAAUGACGACUCACCCAGUUAUGAUCUACCUCACACUGGAUAUGAUGGACCAGUAGAAAUCCAGACAUUUGGGAAUAUUUUUGAUAAAGAUGUAGCCGCUCCCACGUAUCUAGGUUAUCACUAUGAUGGCAAGAAGGAGGCUGCAAGCUAUAAGAGUCCAGCUCCUCAGGUUCUUUAUGAUUAUUAUUAGUGUGACUGAUAUUAAGAUGAAUAAAAUUAUUUAUUUUGAAUGUUUCAAUGUUUUGUAGUAAGUUAAUUUAUUUGAAUAAAGACUUCUAUUAUUUGUA